AAUAUCUAAAUAAUUAAGAAACAACUAACAUGGCCGCCACCAUGAAAGUUGAAGUUAAACCAGAUGUAAAGCCAAAAUCUGAGAUUAAAUAUAAACGUUCGGCCGAAGAUGAUGAUGGAGCAGAUAUUGUUCCUGUGAAAGAUACGAAAAUUGAUAGGAGCAGGUCAUGCCCUUAUUUGGAUACAAUUAAUAGAUCAGUACUUGACUUUGACUUUGAGAAACUGUGUUCUAUUUCAUUAUCACACAUCAAUGUCUAUGCAUGUAUGGUUUGUGGGAAAUAUUUCCAAGGUCGAGGCAACAACACACAUGCAUACACCCACAGUGUAUUUGAAGGUCACCAUGUGUUCCUCAACCUCUUGACCCAGAAGUUCUACUGUCUUCCAGAUAACUAUCAGAUCAUUGAUUCUUCUCUAGACGAUAUCAUUUAUGUACUUAAUCCCACAUUUAGUGAUGCUAUGAUAAGAAAACUGGAUAAAAAUCCCAAAUUGUCCAGAGCCUAUGACGGCACGACCUACUUGCCAGGUAUUGUUGGUCUGAAUAACAUUAAAGCCAAUGACUACUGUAAUGUUGUACUUCAGUCACUUUCGCAUGUUGGUCCGCUGAGAAACUACUUCUUAAAGGAGGAUAACUACAAACAUAUUAAACGACCACCAGGCGACAUCAGCUUCUUGCUGGUACAAAGAUUUGGGGAGCUGAUUCGGAAACUAUGGAAUCCGUGUAACUUCAAGGCUCACGUGAGCCCUCAUGAGAUGUUACAGGCUGUGGUUUUGUGUUCCAAGAAAAAAUUUCAAAUCACAGUACAAGGUGAUCCAAUUGAUUUUCUGUCUUGGUUUCUCAAUGCCAUGCACUCGGCAUUAAAUGGUACUAAGAAACUGUCCAGCAGUAUCAUAAAUAAAACUUUCAGAGGCAAGAUGUUGGUCUACUCUCGUAAAUUUCCUAAUGCUGAAUUGAGUGAUGCAGAGAAAGCUAAGCUAUCACUAGAAGAAGAGUAUCAAGAACAAGUUGCUGACAUGCCUUGGUUGUAUUUGACCUGUGACCUCCCACCACCCCCACUGUAUCCUGAUGAGUCCAGAGAGAACAUCAUUCCACAGGUUCCGUUUGCUACGCUGUUAAGUAAAUUUAAUGGUGUGACGGAGAAAGAAUACAAGACACACAAAGACAGCACUAUGAAACGUUUCCAGCUGACCAGACUGCCUUCUUUUAUCAUCAUUUAUUUCAAGAGAUUCAACAAAAAUUACUUUGUCUUUGAGAAAAAUCCUACAAUUGUUAAUUUCCCCAUUAAAAAUAUAGACUUUGGAGAUCUGUUGUCACCAGAGACCAGAGCCGAACACAAGCACACUACUUAUGACCUUGUAGCCAAUAUAAUUCACGAUGGUGACCCUGGCAAAGGCAAGGGAAGUUACAGGUGUCAUGUCUUACACAAGGGUCAAGGCAAAUGGUAUGAGAUGCAAGAUCUGCAUGUUGCUGAUAUUUUACCUCAGAUGAUUACAUUAUCUGAAAGUUAUAUACAGGUUUUUGAAGUGAGAAAGGAUAUUCCUAACCCAUUUUAUAAACCUAAGGAUGGUGUAGACUUAGAUGGCAAUAGUCAGACAGAGAUAAGCUCUGACCAAAUGGAGAUCAGUGCCGACUUGAAUGCAGGUGAACAAAGAAACCCAAACCAUGUGCAGCCUCCGUCUGGUCAAGACGAUAAACAAAAUUUCACUGAUGACGUUGUCAUUAUGGAUGGGGAUGACCAGACACUGACCACAUUACUGUAGCCUGGAUGGUGUUUAUGCAGCAUGUUUUAUUAUUGGUUCUUUAAUUUUAUUGUAUAUUUUAUGUCACUUUGAAAGCUAAUAAUUAUUCUGUUUGUUAUAUACAUUUGAUAUGUAAGGCAACUAAUUAAAAAUAAAGAAAAAAAAAAUCUGAA